UCAUGGAGUUGGAAGAGGGUAUAUAAAUGGCCAAUUAGGGUUUUGUACGUGCUCUCACUUUUUCUCUCAAGUGGUUCGGAGCUGUUUCUAAGAAAACAACAGGUAGUUCGGAUCGGAGCUACGCUUGCAAAACUCAAAACAUGGCGAGGGGUUUGAAGAAGCAUCUGAAGAGGCUUAAUGCGCCUAAGCAUUGGAUGCUUGACAAACUUGGUGGUGCAUUUGCCCCAAAGCCGUCUUCUGGACCACAUAAGUCAAGGGAGUGCCUUCCCCUCGUCCUUAUCAUCAGGAACAGGUUGAAGUAUGCUCUUACCUACCGUGAAGUGAUUUCAAUCUUGAUGCAAAGGCAUAUCCAAGUUGAUGGGAAAGUCAGGACGGACAAGACCUACCCUGCUGGUUUCAUGGAUGUUGUGUCUAUCCCCAAGACCAAUGAGAACUUCCGUCUUCUCUAUGAUACCAAGGGACGUUUCCGUCUCCACUCCAUCAAGGAUGAGGAAGCAAAGUUCAAACUUUGCAAGGUUCGAUCUAUCCAGUUUGGACAGAAAGGCAUUCCUUACCUGAACACUUACGAUGGUCGCACCAUCCGUUACCCUGACCCGCUCAUCAAGCCUAAUGACACCAUCAAGCUCGACCUUGAGGCCAACAAGAUUGUCGAGUUCAUCAAGUUUGAUGUUGGCAAUGUUGUGAUGGUUACAGGAGGUAGAAACAGAGGGCGUGUUGGUGUGAUUAAAAACCGUGAGAAGCAUAAGGGAAGCUUUGAGACAAUCCACAUCCAAGAUUCAACAGGACAUGAGUUUGCAACAAGGUUGGGUAAUGUGUACACCAUUGGCAAAGGAACAAAGCCAUGGGUGUCUCUUCCCAAGGGCAAAGGUAUCAAGCUGACUAUCAUCGAGGAGGCCAGGAAGAGGCUUGCUAGUCAACAGGCUGCUUAAUUUUGUGAUUUUCAGUUCUUUGUUAUGCUUCUUUAGACGUUUCAUAUUUCCUAGACUCACUUCGUUUCUUUUGGUACUCUGCUCAGUUUUGAAACUUCUCUUAUAUUAUUUAUUUCAAGAGUUAAAAACAUCAAAUAUCCAUUGUGUCCUCUCUUGUUUUUUACUAUCUUCAAGAGUUGGUACUAGUUGGUUAUGGUU